CAACCCACAACCCACAACCAAUAACCCACAACCAAUAACCCACAACCCUCCACUCUUCAACACUCUCCUAACCCGAUGCCCUCCCCGCCGUCUUCCUCCGAAGAGGGUAACUUCUCCAUCUUCACCACCCUCCGUUACGACCCGUUGCUCCUUUCCAGCACAGCCAACACCUCCGCCUCCUCACUGCCGCAUCCCACACCGUUCUACCUCCUCUCGCACCACCGGGACCGCAUGCUGCAGGCGGCGGAGAACUUCUCGUACCCUUCUUCCGCGACCUCGCUGCUCCAGUCGCUCUCGGCGUUCGCAAGGCGGCUGCAAGACGCCGUGGAUGCGGAGGGGGAGGGAGCACUGAGGGCGAAAGCGAUUCUGACGCGAACCGGGGAGUUAACGGUCGAGCUGGGGCCGACGCCGGUGGUGUCGUUGUCGCAGCUGUACCCGGAAGCGCUCCCUUUGCCGCCGUUGCCGGCGGGGCGCGAGGAUAUGGACUGGACGGUCGUGCUUGAUCAAGAAGAGACAGAACCGUCGGAGUUCACAACGUUUAAGACUACCGUGAGGGGGAUGUAUGAUCAUGCGAGAAUGCGUGUGGGGAUACAGGGCUUUGCGGAGAGGAGGGAGGUGCUGCUGUGGAAUCCCCGGGGUGAGGUUAUGGAGGGGAGCUUGACUAGUGUUUAUGUCUAUGUCAAGAGGGAGGGUGAGGGUGAGGGUGAGGGUGCGGGUGCGGGGUGGCGGUGGGUUACCCCUGUGCUGGGGAGUGGCGGGCAGAAAGGGACUACUAGGAGGUGGGCGUUGGAGAGGGGACUGGCGGAAGAGGAAGUGGUCAUGAAGGAGGACGUAAAGCCUGGUGAUUGGGUCGUGCUGAGUAAUGGCCUGAGGGGCGCCUGGGGCGGGUGGGCCGUCUAAGUACCGUAGUCAGUGAGCGGUGCCGUCCUCUCGAGCCUUGCUCGUCCCGCCCCGCUCCGCUGUGUGCACGUGGAGAUACGACGAUGCGGCUUUGGUCGCUCUAAGUAGGGCGCAAAGGGUUGCGACCAGCACUUUGGUAGCGGGGCGAGGGAAUGAUCCUACAUAUACUCCAGUUCGGCUCCGUCAUGACUGGGCUCUUAGAAAGUAUAUACGGUGAGCUGAAAGCGGCUUGGUUACUUCUGUAGUUGUAGUUCGUGGUUCGUGGUUUGCGGGACAGGACGAACUGAGCGUGCUGGAGAGUUGCUUUCCUAUGUAGUGAUCCUAGUGACAACGACAUCAUUGCGCUGAUCUACAUUAUCAACAUUACUAUUUCACCACUGCAACCCUCGGCAU